CCUUUUUAAUUAAACCCUUUUUAUAAAUAAUCAAAUAAAAAUGAAUAACAUGAAAUUCACUAAUCUUCUAGCAAAUUGAUUAAUUUUUCGGAUAAAAUUAUAAGAUCAGUGCUGAGGGCUCUUGUUAGCUGGUAACUCUAAGCCGAAUAUUAAAAUCGAGGAAUAUCAACCGAAGGAAAAAAAAGGCCCUCGGAAAAUUAAAAAUGAGUACUUAAAAUUAGCCAAUUAUUUGGACGUUGGAUGUGCACUUGCAGUGAUUACUGCAACCAUUAAGUGGUCAAUGCAACAGCAACCCGAAGACUGUUACGCGCGGAUCCUACACAGAAACGAAGCCAAUCCACGCAAUCUCGCAGUACAUUGUUAUCGCUUUUAUACGUAUGCGAAUGAAUUUCUUAUAAGCAAAACAAGAAGCAAUUUUCGUGUGUAGUUUACCUUUAUCUUUAUCUGUCAACAAAUAAACGAUGAACUAUGACGGCUUGCUGUCCAAGUUGACGGAGGACAAGCUGAUGCUCUUCGAUGCCGGUGAAGGUGCCAUUGUCGAGGGCGGACGUUGUACCCAGGAUGUGCAGCAGUCGCUGCCACUUGUGGAGGAUGGCGCCAUCGAGGAGGAGCAGGCAGCGCCGAUACAAACGAUUCCUCGUACCGUGUUUGCCGUACCCCGUGCCCCAUCGCCUUCCCCCGUGAGCACAUCGAGUGCGAAUUUGAACCUCAAAGCGGAAAGUGCUGCGACAGCGACACCACAGCGUAAAAUAUCGACGUCAUCACGUUUCAUGAAUGCCUUCAGUCAGCUAUAUAGUGGGGGCAGCGGCGGCAACAGCUCCACCUGCGGUCACGUGGAGCAGCAGAGCCAGCAGCACCAUCAGAGCGAUGACCCCGACCUGGCCGCCAAUCGUACGCCAACGAAGGGCAUGGAGUCCAAACUGGUGGCCAUGUGGCACAACGUCAAGUACGGCUGGAGUGGCAAGAUUAGGCAAACGAGCUUCUCCAAGGAGCAGCCAGUGUGGCUCCUAGGACGUUGCUAUCAUCGACGGUUCACGCCCCCCGUAAGCAUGGAGAGCUCGACCACGGAGCUGCCGCUUCCCAGCGGUGCAGAUUCAACGCCCGACCAUGCCACAUCCGCCUUUGAUAGCAUACAAGCCACCUCGACCACCGCCUCGUCCCUGUAUCCCGCACUGAAUCCGCAGCAAAUCGAUGAGAUUGUUGUGCCCCAAGAGCUGGGCAUGGAUGCGGUCGAGAAUCAGGUGGGAGAACAGCCCUGGGAGGAGGGCAUCGAAGGCUUUCGUCGCGAUUUUUACAGUCGCGUUUGGAUGACAUAUCGCCGGGAGUUCCCCAUCAUGAAUGGCUCCAACUACACCUCGGACUGUGGCUGGGGCUGCAUGCUACGCAGCGGCCAAAUGCUGUUGGCUCAGGGUCUCAUCUGUCACUUUUUGGGACGCAGUUGGCGCUAUGAUUCGGACUCGCAGCUGCAUUCGACAUACGAGGAUAAUAUGCAUAAGAAGAUCAUCAAAUGGUUCGGGGACAGUUCCUCAAAGAGCAGCCCCUUUUCCAUACACGCACUGGUCCGACUGGGCGAAACGUUGGGCAAGAAGCCAGGCGACUGGUACGGUCCUGCCUCCGUCUCCUACUUGUUAAAACACGCCUUGGAACACGCCGCUCAGGAGAAUGCAGACUUUGACAAUAUCAGUGUUUACGUGGCCAAGGAUUGCACCAUCUAUAUGCAAGACAUUGAGGAUCAGUGCAGCAUACCAGAGCCAGCCCCCAAACCGCAUGUGCCUUGGCAACAAACAAAGCGACCGCAAACGGAGGCGGCAACCAAGCAGGAGCCACAGCAACAGCACUGGAAAUCUCUGAUUGUACUCGUACCCUUGCGCCUGGGCAGCGACAAACUGAAUCCUGUCUAUGCCCACUGCCUGAAGCUGCUGCUGAGCACCGAACAUUGUCUGGGCAUCAUUGGGGGCAAGCCCAAACAUUCGCUGUACUUUGUGGGUUUCCAGGAGGACCGACUGAUCCAUUUGGAUCCGCACUACUGCCAGGAGAUGGUGGAUGUCAAUCAGGAGCACUUUUCGCUGCAUUCCUUCCACUGCAAAUCGGCACGCAAGCUGAAGGUCAGCAAAAUGGAUCCCAGCUGCUGCAUUGGCUUCUACUGUGCCACCAAAACGGAUUUUGACAGCUUCAUGGAGAGCGUACAAUUGUAUCUGCAUCCCAUGCGCUGUGCCUCGGGUGCCACUGUGGACAAGAUGACGGGCAGCCAGCAACAGGCGGCAGAACAGUCCAUGGAAAUGAAUUAUCCACUGUUUUCAUUCUCACGCGGUCGCUGCUUGGACCAUGAACGCGACGAGAUGAGCGAUUCACUAUACAAGCCGCUCAUCAAGCAGGUGGCAGUGCUCACACAGGAGCUGGGUGCUGCCCAGCUGCUGCCGCCACAUCAUGGACACUUUGACCAAGAGCAGGAUGAUAGCGAAAGCGAAGAGUUUGUGCUGCUGUAGAUCCGUGGCGUGUUUUGUUUGCCGUGCAAGCUGUGUGUUAUUUAAUCAUUAUUUGUUUGCUCUUGCUCACGCUCUCGUUUGCCAACAGAACCAACAGCCACCCCCCAACAUUCUGGUAUCUCAAACACAAAGACUUUUGUUGUACAUUAAUACACAUCAUGCGCAUGUAGUAUAUAUGUAUCUGUAGUUUAUAGUCAGUCACGCAAAACACGACAAAACACUCCUAAUCUCUCUUACGCAUUGUCUCGCAUUUUCUCAGUCUGCAUCUGCCUCUGCCUCUGCCAAAUGUUCCAAGCUUUUUCCAUUGUGUUAUAUAGUGUAGCAGCAGCCCAAAAGCCUCGAUCUAUGCGUGUGUGGCGGUGCUUGU